AUGGGGUCUGGCACAUCAAGCAAACCCAGUAAUAGUGAUGCAAUUGAUGUGGCUUUAGCUGAAUUUUUCUUCGGUUGCAACGUGUCGUUCAAUGUUGUUGAAUCUGAUCUAUUCAGACGAUUUGUCAAGAUUUUGAAUCCCUCAUACAAAUGUCCAUCAAGGAAAAAAUUGGCAACCAAAUUACUGGAUACGAUUCAUGUUAGAGUUAUUGAGAAAAUGAGAUACCCGGAGCCGAUGGAGGGGGUCUUAUUGAUAGAUGGGUGGAAGAAUUCAUCAGCGAAUACCAAGAACGUAGUCUGUACUAUCCAAACUCACGAUGGAAAUAGUAUUUUCUUAUAUUCUUGGGAUUUCAGUGAACUGAGGGAAACCGGUGAUGAAUUAGCCAGAGUCAUUGAUGAAGCUGUUGCAAUGGCCAAGGAGAAGUUCAAUGUGCUCAUCCAUGCUGUUGUUUCUGAUAACGCGUCGGCGAUGAUGCGGAUGGGUCGCCUGGUGGAGGUUUGGCACAGUACCUGCAGUUCGCACAGUGGAAAUUUGUUCUUGAAGUCCCUCGUCGAUUCGAAGUUUGCUGAGUCAAUCAACAAAUUGUUACGAGAGUUCAAAACGCCUCGUGCAGAAAGAGAAUUGAAAAAACGGAAAGGUAGUAGGAUCAUGUUAGCCUGUGAGACUCGGUGGUGCUCAUAUAGAGACACGUUCCGUUGUUGCUUGAGGAAUCUUGACCUCAUGCGUCAGUUAGUUGAUGAACAAAUUGUCAUUCUAAAGAACAUCAAUGCUGAAUUGCUGAAUGACAGUACAUUGGCAGAUAAACUCCAGGAUUACAUCGUUCUCUUCGACCUCGUAUGUGAGCUUGUCAAUAAAUGUCAAGCAUCUGAUUGCAAAAUUGCAGAUGCUGCUGAAUAUUGGCUGUCAUUGAAUGUCCCAGUGGACGAUGCAAAAGUUGAUGCGACACUGGAUGCACGUCUUGACAAAGUCUUGCAGCCAAUUGCAUUGGUGGCUAAUUUUUUGCAUCCCAAAUAUCAAGGCCAAAAAUUUGCACAUUUGGAAGUAUUCAAUGCUAAAGUGAUAGAAUUUCGGAAUACCGAAUUAGGUGUAGAAAAUCCAGAAGAAUUGGAAGCAGUCAAGAAAUUUCAGAAUAAGGAGAAGCCUUUUGAAGCAAUCUUCAACAAGAAUGUUGAAUGUGCGAAAACAUUUUGGUGUUUUAUUAAGCCCUACUAUCCUGCCUUAGCACAAUUGGCUAUCAAAUUGUCCAACAUUCCCAGUUCAUCUGCACAAAUCGAGAGAUUGUUUUCUCACUGGGCUUUUAUCCACUCCGAUUUACGGAAUCGGCUUAGUGUAGAACGUUCCAUGAAACUCGUCGGGAUUUAUUAUGCAUUUAAAAUGCAGGAUGCCAUCGGUAAUUAUUAUUGGGAUGAGGAAUGA